AAUCUUGGUGUUGUUUUUACAGUUUUUUGGUAUACCCAUAUAGAAAUCUCACUGAAAUUUGCACAAAUAAGAUCAAGAAAGCAUUUUUCAGUGGGAAACAAGAAAAGGGUUGGAGUUGAUUAUUCAAGAUUUUGGUGAAAUUGGGUGUUGGAAAUUGAUGGCAUCUGCUGCAAUUUUCUCAUCGUUGAGGAGACAAAGGUCGCCGACACUGGAAGCGUUCUUGGCGCCGGUGGAUCUGACAGAUGUUGGGUUGUUGCAAACACUAACGGCGUUAUCUUCUGAGCUGAUUUCUGCAUAUUCAGGUAAAAAGCUGCCGUUUUAUCAGCGGAAGAAUUGUAAGUCUUUGUUAAGGAAAAUUCAAGUGUUUUCUGUUCUCUUGGAAUGUCUUCUUGAGAAUAACAAGAACAGAAGUAGGGGUUCUUCAGAUUUGCCGUUUACAGCUUUUUUGUGCUUCAAGGAAUUGUAUUUAUUGCUUUACCGGUCGAAAAUCUUGCUUGAUUAUUGCUCUCAUUCCAGUAAGUUGUGGCUGUUGCUACAAAACCAUUCGAUUUCAGGUCAUUUCCAUGAUUUGAACCAAGAAAUCUCGACCCUUUUGGAUGUUUUCCCCUUAAAGGAUUUAAAAAGUUUACCUGAAGAUGUUAGGGAACAGGUUGAGUUGUUGAAGAAACAAGCAAGAAAAUCUCAGCUGUUUGUUGAUAAACAUGAUGAGAUGCUGAGGUUGAAACUGUUCUCUUUCUUGAAUGAGUUUGAGAAUGGAGGUGUUCCUGACUAUGCUCAGUUGUACUCUUUUUUUGUGGAAAAAUUGGGGAUUUGUAAUCCUAGGAGUUGCAGGGUUGAGAUUGAGUUUUUGGAGGAGCAGAUUGUGAACCAUGAAGGAGAUAUUGAGCCCACAUCCUCAGUUCUCAACGGGUUUGUGGCGUUGAUGCGAUACUGCAGGUUUUUGCUAUUUGGCUUUGAAGAGGAUGAUAUGGGAUUGAGAUUGGGUAAGCAUAAGAAGCCGAAGAGAGGGCUGAUUAGUCAAGAGAUUGCAGAGACAUUCAUUUCUGUACCAAAGGACUUCUGUUGUCCAAUAUCGUUGGAUUUGAUGAGGGAUCCAGUUAUUGUGGCAACAGGGCAGACAUAUGAUCGAGCUCCCAUAUCGAGGUGGAUGGAGGAGGGUCACUGUACUUGCCCAAAGACUGGGCAGUUGCUUGAUCAUACCCGGCUUGUGCCAAACAGGGCUCUUAGGAAUUUGAUUAUGCAUUGGUGUGCUGCUCGCAAAAUUCCCUAUGACCCUCUGGAGAGUGGGGAUCCAUGUGUUGAAUGUUUUCCAUCUGCUUCACCUAGCAGGGCUGCAUUAGAAGCUAAUAAAGCCACAGCAGCUCUUCUCAUUAAGCAGCUAGAGAAUGGGACGCAGAUUGCAAAAACUAUUGCUGCUCGGGAGAUAAGACUUUUAGCUAAAACUGGUAAGGAGAAUCGUGCAUACAUAGCUGAGGCUGGUGCAAUCCCACAUUUGAAGAAUUUGCUUUCAUCUCCAGAUGCUGUGGCACAAGAAAAUUCCGUCACUGCAAUGCUUAACUUAUCGAUUUUUGAUAAGAAUAAAGGUCGAAUUAUUGAUGAAGUAGGGUGCCUGGCAUUGAUAGUUGGAGUGUUGAGAUUUGGGCACACCACAGAGGCACGGGAAAAUGCUGCAGCAACAUUGUUCAGUCUGUCAGCUGUUCAUGACUAUAAGAGGCAAAUAGCAAAAGAAGAUGGGGCAGUCGAGGCCUUAGCAGGUCUGUUGCGAGAAGGUUCUCCUCGAGGGAAGAAGGAUGCAGUAACUGCUCUAUUUAAUUUGUCUACCCACACAGAUAAUUGUGCGAGGAUGAUAGAGUCUGGAGCUGUUACUGCUCUAGUUGGAGCUUUGGGAAGUGAAGGUGUUGCCGAAGAAGCUGCUGGUGCAUUGGCGCUGAUUGUUAGGCAGCAAGUUGGUGCUACAGCUGUUGGCAAUGAGGAAACGGCAGUAGCAGGGCUCAUUUCAAUGAUGCGAUGUGGGACACCAAGAGGGAAAGAGAAUGCAGUUGCUGCAUUGCUUGAAUUAUGCCGUGGUGGUGGAGCAGCUGCUACUGAGAGGGUCUUGAAGGCGCCGUCAUUAGCAAGUUUACUUCAGACAUUGCUCUUUACAGGAACAAAGCGCGCAAGGAGGAAAGCAGCAUCGCUUGCUAGAGUAUUCCAACGGUGUGAGCAUGCAUCAGUUCAUUAUAGCGGGUUUGGUGUAGGAUAUGCAUUUUCUGGGAACUCAGCUGCAGCUAGGGAUUCAACUUUUCCUGGUGAUGUCUCAGUGUCCAUGUCCAUUUCAGUUCCAGUAUUAUAGGAGGGGGUGCUUAUCACCAUUCAUCUUUUGUUCUUAGUUUUGCCUGUAAUAUUCAAAAAUUCUUUCAUUGAAAUAUAAACGCGACAAAGAAAGAGAGAAAUCAUAGGAAUACCAUAAAAUUCAUGUGUUCUUAGCAA